CUUGCCUUUGACCGCUGGUACGCAAUCACAAGCGAGCGAUGUCUCUGCUAUUCGACUUCAAGAAUGCGCUUGACUCGCGGGUCGUUGUUCCCGCUGCUAGUGCUGCUGUAUACUUGAUCUACAAGAAGUACGAACCGAGUAGCCCUGCAUCAGCGGUCCUUCUCCUGGGCAUCACCCCUGGCGCCCUCGUCGUCACUCUCCACUCGCACUUCAGUUCUUCCGUCAUCGCAGCCUUCAUUAUCUACGUUUCUUAUUGGUCUCUCCUUGCCACCAUUGUCGUUGCGUACCGUCUAUCACCGUUCCAUCCCCUCGCUCGCUAUCCAGGACCUGUGCUAUGCAAGAUCUCGAAGGGCUGGCUGGCGUAUGUCGCUGGGAAAGGCGGCAAAGCGCAUCUGUAUGUCCAGGACCUGCAUAUGCGCCAUGGCGAGGUGGUUCGAAUCGGGCCAAAUGAGUUGUCGAUCACACACGGGGACAUCACAGACGCUGUUCUCGGGGCGAAGGGCCUCCCCAGAGGGCCAUAUUAUGAUACUCGCCAGCACGAAGCCGGCAUGAGUCUCGACGGCAUGCGCGACCAGGCUCUUCAUGCUGUACGGCGCCGGCCCUGGGCAAGGGGCAUGAGCAGCGCUGCGAUGAAGUACUAUGAAGAGCUCAUCCAGAACACGCUGGGUGACUUGGUCGCUAGCCUAAAGCAGCGGAUGAACAAUCCCCUGGACAUUUCCGAGUGGAUGACGUUCUUCGGGUUUGAUUUCAUGGGGCAUAUGGCGUACACUUGCGACUACGGCAUGUUGAAGAAUGGGUACGACAAGGAGGGAUUGUUCGAUCUUAUUGAACGUGCUAUGCAAGACUCGGCUUGGAUCUCCCACAUACCAUGGUGUCUCCCGUACCUCCUAUUCAUCCCCGGAGGUAGUAAGGAUUGGGACCGGAUGAAAGCACUGGGCGAGCAGACUGUCGAGGAUCGAAUUGCUCUUGGCUCCACCCAUCGUGAUCUAUUUCAUCACCUCAUGGACGAGGAUGGCCACGAACCAGUCAAGCCCACCAAGGCACUAGUUGCCGUUGACGGGAUGCUGGCGAUCAUAGCUGGAGGGGAUACCACUGCAACCACCCUCAGUCACCUGUUCUAUUUCCUGCUACGCUACCCCACGUACUUCGAACGUCUUCGCAAGGAGAUAGACGAAGCCUUCCCUCACGGCGAAGACUCUUCGCUGAACUUCACCAAGCAGGCGAGCAUGCCACUCCUUAACGCUUGCAUCAAUGAGACUUUGCGCCUAUACCCACCUGUUCUGGCUGGUCUGCAGAGGCGCGUGGAAUCUGGCAUGGGGGGAAAGAUGAUUGGUCCUUACUUCAUCCCUGAAGAGACGCAGGUAUCGCUCAUCGCAUAUUCAAUUCACCGCGACCCUCAGCAUUUCUCACCACUCGCGAACACGUUCUGGCCAGACCGGUGGCUCUCCCAAGAAAAAUAUCUAUCACCUUCCGGAGACAUCAUCGCUGCUGAUGAGGUCAUUACGAAUCGCGACGUCUUCAUCCCGUUCUCACAGGGUCCGAUGGGCUGCGCAGGCAAGAACGUCGCACUGACUGAGAUGCGCUCAGUAACGUGCGCGCUGAUGCAGAAUUUCGACGUAAAGAUUGCAGACCAAUCUUUCCUGGAUACCUGGGAGGACAAGAUUGAAGAGAUUUUCACGACAAGGAGGGGUACCCUACCGGUGAUCCUCAGUCUGCGUGCAUGAUUCAGAACUAUCCUCCGCGCUUUGAUUAUUGCAACAGCUCGGCCAUCGAGCCGUAUUGUAUUGUUCGACUAUACGCCAAGAACACAGUAUUAGUGAUGUAUUCAACGCCUCUGACUGUACGCUGUUGCGUGAUAUGUCGGGAUGACUGAAACGCUCCGGCCACCUUUGGGCUGAAAUU